GGAGCCGAAAAGCGGGAGAGAGUGAGAGAGUGAGUGUAACAACAACAAUUCACAACAAAGAAGAAUCGCCGGAAGAAGAAUGUGAAGAUGAUGAUGAUGGACAACGGUUUGCAAGAAGAGCAACAAGAUCUGGAGAAGCAAAUCGGUGGUUGCAUGGCCGGCUUCUUCAACAUCUUUGAUCGACCGAAUCUCAUCUCUCCGAGGCGUCUCUCUCUGAGCCCUGAAUCUGAUUCCCCUCUCAAGAGUGUCUAUGCUACUACCCCUGAUCCCUCCCCUCAUUCUCUCACGAGAUCCCCGCUUCCUCUUUUACAACCUUCUUCUUCUUCUUCUUCUUCUUCUUCCUCACCCUGGAGGUUCUCUAAAGAAGCUCCUCGCCUCUCCCUCGAUAGCAGAGCCGCCCUCGAUGCCAAGGGUACCCUCAAACCCAGACAGAUCCGACUGGACUCUGAUCCUCCCCAGCAUGACCGCGCCUCACCCAGCGUCAUCGCUCGCCUCAUGGGAUUGGACCCAUUGCCCCAACAGCAGCAACCUCUCCAGAGAUCCGCAUCCGAGUCCAGGCUCACCAGAGACUACAGGUUUGUCGACACCUUCACCUUUCUAGAUGAAAAGGGACCCCAAGAUCCCGCCGCCCGACCUCCUCCCUUACCUGUACGCCGGAAGUGUUUCUUCGACUCCGGUGAUUUCUUCCCUGUUGACAGAGUCCCCAAAACCACCGGAUCCCCGACCGAUCUCGAAACAUUCAAGCAACUUGUCGAAGCUCUUAGGCUGAAAGGGCUCUUACACUCUUCAAACAAACACCAACACAACAAGACCCCAAUCCACAUCAAGCCAGCCUCUGGCAUCAGAUCUAGACCCCCGAGCAAAGGUCCGAGUCCUCCUAAAUCUAAUAGGACGAGACCAACGGCAACGCCCAAGGAGCAGAGGAGAGUCUCUCCACUCCCUUGGCAGAGACCUCAACCUCUCCAAACGGCAACGCCCAAGGAGCAGAGGAGAGUCUCUCCACUGCCUUGGCAGAGACCUCAACCUCUCCAAACGGCAACGCUCGAGGAGCAGAGGAGAGUCUCUCCACUGCCUUGGCAGAGACCUCAACCUCUCCAAACGGGAUUUAGAGACGACCAACGGUCCACGAUUAUAUGCUCUCAAGAGAUGUGCGAGGUUGAUGGUUACAACAACCGACAAGGCAAAACCUUAUUGGAGAGAUGCGACAAGCUGCUCCACAGCAUAGCCGAGAUGGCGGCUGCUGAGGCCGGAGACUCACAACCGAGCCCCGUCUCGGUUCUUGACGCCUCGCUUUAUCACGAGGAGGAGGACUCUUCCCCAUCCCCCGUCAUGAAACGCAGCCUUGACUUCUCUGCCGAAUCGGAAGACGAAUCUUGGGGUGGCUCUAUCUCACCAUCGUCGGACUCUGAAUAUUUAUACAUCUCCGACAUCCUCCGAGCCUCACAUUGCCUUCCACAGGAGUCCGACAUCUUCUCCGUGCUGGAAAAGCAGCAAUACCUCCAAGGGAAAUGCGCCUCCGCUCAGCAAAGACGGCUCAUCUUCGACGCAGUGCAAGAGAUUGUUGGGCGGAGAAGGAGGUUGCCGCCAUGGAGGAUGGUGGGAGAGCCUGACAAGAUGCAAGUGUUCUGGUCCGAAUAUCAGAAGAUGAGAAAGAAGACCGAGGAAACGUCAGAGGACCUCGUGGGAUACGUCUGCGGGGUCCUUGCAAGAGAUCUAUCAGAGGACCGGUGGCGAGAUUGUCAGGUGGAAAUGUCAGAAGCGGUUCUCGACAUAGAACGCCUCGUAUUCAAAGAUCUCAUCGGUGAAACCAUACGCCAUUUGGCUAGUCUUAAAAGGUCCGACUCGCUGCGUAGGAGGCUACUCUUCUGAUAACAAAACUAGACUUACAAUCUCUGACCCCAACUGAAAGAGAUGCUUCUUUUUUUCUAUGUUACGUUCUUUCCUGGUGAUUUAUCCGUGCAUAUGCUUGCGACUUGGCGUCUGUCGUCGUCUGCAAGACAAAAUGCCACGAUCGACUGUUCUUUUUUUUUUUCUUUUUUUAAUUCUGAUUCAAUAUUGCUGCUACUCAUAUGUUUGGGCUAGAUUUUACGUUUGGACUAGACUUUACA